CCGUGCGGCGAGACCACGUGAUCCGCCACCGCUGUUUGGGCUUCGGCCACCGCUUCCCCGACCUCGCUUUGUUUCUCCUUCGACCUUCGACAACCUGAUUCCCACCCUUCCCCGUCCUCUCCUCUCCGUCCUCUCUUCUGUCGCCAGAAUGGAACACCAGACCUGCCCGGUGUCUGUCCAGCGCUCGCAGCAGCGUCCGCCGACAAUGCUCCCCGCGGCUUCCGUCGCCUUGAUGCCGUCAUCCGCUUCCUCCUCCUCCUCUUCCGCCGCACUUAUUUCUGCCUAUGCCCCCGAACCUCCGACCCCCGCGCCCUCGCCUACUCCCUACGGCGGGUACUUCUUCCCCCGCGACGGCCACCUGUCGAACGAGUCUGAAGACAUCGAGCUCCACGACGCGGACGACACCAGCGUCGAGCACAGCGACGUCGAAGAGCUUCCACCGCUCGAACGCCUUGCGCACGAUUUCGCCGCUCUCGAACUCGACCAGCGCAAGGCCCUGCUGGCCGCUCUUUUCCGCGCUUCUGACACCGCUACGCUUUCGUUUGUGCUCGAGUUUGUCUCGCCUCUGCUUAAAGUCGACCCGUUUCGCGUGCUGCCGACCGAGCUCUGUCUCCGGGUUUUGUCGUACGUCGAUGACCCAAAGACCCUUGCUCGCGCCGCGCAAGUCUCGAGACGAUGGGCAAUGCUGGUUUCGGACGAUAUAAUCUGGAAAGGACUGUGUGACCGUCUCAACUACGACGAUCAUUUCACCCCCGCAAUCGCGGCCCAGACUGCGUCGGCCCACCGUCGCUCGUUCGAUAACCCUGCAGCAGCAGCAAACGAUGCUGCGUUGGCUUUAGCCACCGCCACUGCUCCACAGACCCAGCCUCCGACUCGUCCGGUGUCGAUGCUGGUGGCAUCCCCUCCGACCGCCCCCACCCCGCUCACUACCCUCCCCGUUACAGUCACAUCCUCGACCCUGGGCACGACCGAAGUCAUUCGUGACUUGCCACUUAUGAAGUCCACUUACACUCCCGUUCUCGCCCAUGCUUAUCGUCCGCGAACCUACCGCGCGUUCAUCAAGCAGCGCUACAUGAUCGACUCGGCGUGGCUCUCAGCCGGCACCGUCGCCGCUCGCCACGUCACAACCGACCAAGGCGUAGUGACCUGCUUGCAUCUGACCGACAAAUACAUCGCCGUCGCGCUCGAUAACUCACGGAUCCACGUCUUCACCGCCGACGGCCGUCUGCUCCACACGCUCUUGGGACAUGUCAUGGGUGUCUGGGCGAUCAUGCCGUGGGGCGACACGCUUGUCUCGGGUGGCUGCGAUCGCGAUCUGCGAGUGUGGGAUCUUGUGACUGGCACUUGCAAGCGCGUCAUGCGCGGCCAUACUUCGACUGUUCGCUGCUUGAAGAUGAGUGAUUCGCGAACAGCAAUCUCUGGCUCGCGCGACGCGAACUUGCGGGUGUGGGAUAUCGAGACUGGCGAGUGCUUGCAUGUACUAACUGGCCACCAAGCCAGCGUCCGGUGUCUCGAGGUAUACGGCGACAUCUGCGUCUCUGGAAGUUACGACACGACCGCCAAAGUGUGGAGUAUUUCCCGUGGAGUCCUGCUGCACACGUUGAACGGGCACUUUUCGCAAAUCUACGCGCUCGCGUUCGACGGCGAAAAGAUCGCGACCGGAUCGCUUGAUACCACCGUCCGCGUAUGGUCGGCGGACUCGGGCCAGUGCUUGGCGGUCUUGCAAGGCCACACCUCGCUUGUCGGACAACUGCAGAUGUCUGGCGACACCCUUGUCACCGGCUCGUCCGACGGCUCCACUCGAGUCUGGGAUCUCAAGAAAAUGGUCUGCGUGCACCGCCUCGCCGCGCACGACAACUCCGUGACCACGCUGCAAUUCGACUCGCGCCGCAUCGUCACCGGCGGCUCCGACGGCCGCGUCAAGAUCUGGGAUAUCAAGACCGGGCACCACAUCCGCGAUCUCGCGUGCACUUUCGAAGCCGUCUGGCGCGUCGCGUUCGAGGAUGAUAAGGUCGUUGUGUUGGCGUCGAGGCAGAAUCGGACGCAUAUGGAGGUUAUUAGCUUUGCGCCGCCCGCGGACGAGAUUUUGUGAGGGACGCAAUAUAAAAAUCAAAAUCUAGAGGUUAAAUCUGCUUCUAAAGAUUGUUACAACUCUUGUGUCUUCGUCGUUUUUUGGUGAUUUGUUUUUUUUUUGACUAUACUAGUUCGGAGGUGGUAGCAUGGGGUGUAUUUCGGCGUUUUUCCAUAUCAUUUUGCUUGCUUUUUUCCCCUACAAUCCUUCCUCUCUUUUUGUGUUUUCUCUACACCGCGCCUGAUUUAUAUAUAUAUAUAUAUAUACAUACAUAUGACAUCCUUAUUCUCGUCUGGUUUCUUUUUGUGAGUUUGAAUUACACAUCUGUUUUUGGUUUCUUGGCUAUGUUUAUCGUGUGUGUGUUUUUGUUAUGUGUGGUAUGUUAAAGCUUGAACUCUCUCCAUUUCUAUGUAUAUCAACGGUGAUUUGCCACGACUCAAAUAUUUUCUUGAACUA